CACACACGCAUAGUCUAAUGUGUGUGUAUAAUAUAUUCAUAACAUAGAUGCUUGGCUUUUGGGGAAUAAUUAAAUAAUCUAACAUCACCAAUUCCAUACAUUAAAAACCUCCAAGCCUCCAUCUCCAGGGCAGAAACAAAACCAUCAACACAGCUAAUUAAGAGAAGAACAUGGAGAAAGUGUGCUGCAUGUGCGGCGACGUCGGCUUUUCCGACAAGCUAUUCCGCUGCGGGCACUGCCGCAACCGCUUUCAACACUCUUAUUGUAGUAAUUACUACAGUGAGUUUGCGGAGCCGACCGAGAUUUGCGACUGGUGCCAGAGCGACGACAAAAAGCUGAGCAGCGUUGCUAAAAAAGGCGGAUCUUCUGUUUCUUCUUCAAAGAAGAAGAAGGCUUCUUCCUCCGUAAAUUACGAGAGCGGGGUCACAAACCAAUCGGAGUAUCCUUCCGGUGGCGGGAUCAAGCAUGACAAUAACCAUCGUGAUCAAGUGGCCAAGAGCGUUGUUGCCGGACCUGCAGGAGGCGGAAUGCCGUCGCCGAGGACGGCCACGCGAAGGUACAAGCUUCUCAAGGAUGUCAGGUGUUAGAUCAAUUUCUGAAAGAGAGCUUAUAAUAUAAUAUGCUAAAAUAAUAAUAAAAAUGCGCCUUUGAGAUAUGAUUGAGUGGUUUAUAUAAUAUUAGGAUUAUCUAUGUAUAUAUAUGUAUAAUUAAUUAGCCCCCACCCGAGACAGCAACAUCAACAUGUCAACGAUAGAAGUCGUUUUUUAUUAUUCUUUUUUUUUUCAUAUGGGUAUAGUGAAUGUAUAUCUCGUUGAGAAGCUUUUCGUACUAAUGUUGAAAAAAUAAUGAAUGUAUGUUUGUCGUGAGCUUCCA